AUGGCGAUCGGCUUGCCUCCUACAACAAUGCCAUCGGACGUAAAACAGGCGACAUCAUCUACAGCGCCGAUUCUCGAAGGCCAGCCCAUGCCAAUGCCUGUAGGAUGGCUUGAGAUGAAGGAUCCAUCCGGCCGAACGAUGUACUUCAACCCUUCCACUGGCGCGGCAUCGUGGGAAAGGCCAAAUGUUCGCCAACUACCAGCUGGAUGGAUAAAGUCCCAUACCCCGGAUGGCAGGACCAUCUUUGUGCAUGUUGAGACCCGGAGCUGCUCCUUCCAGUGGCCUGUCGAACAAGCCGCACCAGCACAAGUGUUGGCUGCGGCCGAGAAACCACAAAUGACAAGGCACAUAACAGAACCGGCACAGCCAGCCCCGCCUCGCGUCCGACUCGUGCGUAGUUCUACAGCACCUGUCAAGCCUACUCAGGAUGACCCAUUGAUGACUAUGACCGUCAACACUGCAAUCGCCAGGAAAAACAUCCCUGACUUUGACGAGGCUUUUGCAAUUCAUCAGCUCGCGCAACGAAACAACACCGAGGUCUUAGGAAAGAAACUCGGGCAGGACGUUGCGCAUGUCUCGGUCGCGUUGAAGGAUACCACCAUUACAGCUGCCAGUCUGGCUACCCGUCAAGCAAAAGCUGUGGGUCAAACAAUGAUCAGUCGAACGAAGAUGCAGAAAGCCUCGAAAAACGCCAUCGUGCACACCGGAGCUCUUGGAGUGAAGAUUGGAAGGGCCUCCCGAACGCUGAUGCAUGAGAUGGUAGAUGCCGCCGAUGGUAAGGGCAAGUACAAGCCCAAGACCAGGACAUUCAUACCACAGGAUCCGUUGCCGCCGACACCGGAGCCAGUCAAUCAUUCUUACGAACAUGAGCAGGCCGCGGCUUCAGGUUCUCAAAUUCCGACUCCACAGCAACCCAUGGUGGCUGUGAAGCCCAGUACCGGAGUACCUAUGCGUAAACCAGUUCGCCGUCCACUCCCACAGCACAGCCAAGCAGUAAGCCUGGCAUCCGCUCAAGUCCCAGCAUAUCACGAUGUCAGCCACUCCACGGCGACCGUGACUGUCACGGUUGAGACCGCAGAGACCUCGGAGCAGGAUAAUCUUGCGCUAGCCACAGAAGCGCAGCUCCAGCCAACCUCACCGACAGAGAAGCCACCUCAUUUUGCCGUGAAUUCAAGCACCUCAAUCGUACCUACAGCUAGUGGGUCAAUGGCGGUUGAUGUCGCCGAAUCGAGCCAACCUCUUGCUGCUCCUCCGAGCACCGCAGAAACAGCACCGCACGCCCAGUUCGUUAUACCGCCCAAGCCAGCUGCGAUGUCUGACCAUCAUCAUUCGACCACCUCUUUCUCGAUUCAGGCUGAUGCCAUCCUAGCAGACCAGACUUCUUCCAACCCACCUCCUCCAUACACCCAUGAAUCUGAGGGACCGCCGCAAUCGCUAGUCACUCAACCACCACUCGACCACCGCCCUCCCAAGCCCAUGGUUUCAAGUCCUUCUUUUCCCGCUUCCUCAACGAAUACCUCCGUCUACUCGGCCCAAUCUAACCCAACGCAAGCCUUGUCUGACACUAUGGGUGAAACACAACCUCUGCCGGUGCAACAACAGUACAUCCUGGCAGAGUUUCUGCCACAGCAAUACUUGGCCCCCCCGCCUGCGCAGACCUAUCUGACCCACAGCAACUCAAGCGCACAAAAUACAUACAACGAACAGAAUCAGAUUCUCGUACAGCCCCAGACCUCUCAGGCGACGUCGUACCAAGACGCAUACAUGCAGGCAGCAAGCACUUUAGUGUUGCAACAGCAAAUGCAGCAGCUACAGCUACAGGCGACGCAACAGCAGCAACCGACGGUCGGAAACCAAGAUAUUUACAUCGAUGACUCGGUCAUCACAAGCGUGGAGUUAACUACUGUGCAGCAACAGCCGCAGAUGUUCGUCUCAGCUCCGGCUCAGCAGCAGGUCAACAACAUAAGCGCCUUAAUGCUGCAGGACCAGAGCACCGACAUCUAUGCUGGCGGCAUCUACCAGGACACGAUGAUGAUGUAUACGACCACUACAGAUAGCACGGCCAACCUCAAGGAAUAUACCUAUGAGGCUGUAGUGAAUGAGGAUGGAACGGUGGUGGAGGCAGGCGACAUAAUCUACCAGAGCGUCGAGGUGGAUGAAGAGGUGGAGGUCCAAGUCGAUGUGGAAUACGAUGUAGAGUGA